AUGGCUUCCAAAAGCCAAGUUCUCAUUCUCUUUCUUUCUCUCCUCACAGUAUCCUCCGUCAUCAAUCCAUCCCAAAGUGCCAAAAUCGUCGUGUCCUGGGGACAAAACACUGCAUCGAAGGAAGGAACCUUAGCAGAAGCAUGUGACUCAGAUCUCUACGACAUCGUCGCUCUGGCGUACCUGCAUGUGUCGGGAAGCACAAGAUCCUUAGAUUUCGCUGACCACUGUUCUAGCGAAAAAUGCAAAGCCCUAGCAUCGCAAAUUCAACACUGUCAAAGCAAAGGCAAACAAGUCUUAAUUUCUGUCGAAAUAGACAAUGUCGCUGCACCCGAUUACUUGGCAGAGUAUCUUUACAAUAACUUUCUUAGUGGCCAAGACGGCCCUCUAGGAGCGGUGACCUUAAAUGGCAUCAAUAUUGCAAAUAUUGAUUACAGCUCCGAGCCAUGGGUCGACCUUGUGGAGGCAAUCUAUAGUUAUUCGACCCAGGACAAAAAGAUUUACAUAUCAGCAUCCCCACGUUGCAGUAUCACAGCCUUCGACAGUGCAAUUGCUACAGGUCAUGUAGAUUAUCUCUGGGUUUUAUUUUACGGCCAAUACGAAAGCUGUGAAUAUUUAGGAAAUGACGACUACACAGGGCUUAUUAAUUCAUGGUCGAAAUGGACGUCCAAGAAAGGUGUAGCCGAUGGCUCUGUGUUCUUGGGCUUAGUACCGUCAAAUGAUACGGCUGCAGCAUCCUAUGGUUACAUAAAACCGCAAGAUCUCAAUUCUAAGGUUCUUCCGAUCGUGAAGGAAUCUCCAAAAUAUGGUGGAGUGAUGCUGUGGAACAGGUACUAUGAUAAGAUAACAGGCUAUAGUACUAAGAUUGACCCUGCUGGGUCAAAGGGAUUCAAUAGUCUCUUGGCCAAAUCUGCGUAA